AUGAUCAUUUCUGAGCUCUGUGGUCAGACAUGGACUUUAACGAAGAAAGAGCUGUUGCUCAUCGCUCGCCGACGAUGGCUUAGCACAUUCAUUCGAGCCGUGGCCUUCCCGAUAGUCCUGACAGCCAUCCUCGCCUCAGUCAAGACAUGGAUUCAUAACGAUGGCGGCUACGGAACUGCUACCCCUUCACCUAUCCGGACCCUAUCCGAAGCAUUCGCAGUUGUUGGAGAUACGAGAAAGCAAUUCGUCAUCGUGGACAGAGGACUGCAGGGUGCAGAUGUGCGAGCUGUUAUCGACGAGCUGGAUCAGGCAGCUCGUGAUGGAGGCCGCAACGUACAGUUCGUCACCGACUCCCGCCAGCUUAUCCAAGUCUGUCCGAGUUCCAGCAAGGGCGUCACGAGCUGCUUCGGAGCGAUCGAUUUCUGGUCGUCUCCUGACCAAGGACCCAAUGCGAUCUGGAAUUACACCAUCUGGCAAGAUUCGGUCAUUGCCGGCGCAGAUGUCCGCAGCGAUGCCAACCCAGCUCAGCUUUACACCAUCCCUCUACAACGUGCGGUCGAUUCGAUGAUAUCACGGCGAAAUAACGGCACUGCGCUACCCGACACAGUCCUUCAAUACCCCUUCACCAGCCAGACACAAGCUGCCGUGGACUUUCGGGACGACAAGUUCUUCGGUCUGUUGAUCACUCAAGCGCUCGGCUUCGCACUUUUCCUCGCAAUGUGCGGCAUUACAUACCAUCUUACUGGCCACGUUGUUUGGCAACGAGAGGCAGGGCUUCUCCAGCUCAUCGAUGCGCAGAUGCCCAAUACCUCGCGAUGGGAGUGCCUAGUCGCUCGAAUGUUUGCUACACAUCUUGCUUUCGACCUCAUCUACAUGCCAGCAUGGAUCAUCUGCGGCGCCGUCGUGGGGACUAUAAUCUAUCCUCACAGCAAUGCUGUCGUGGCGGCCAUUGCUUUUGCUAUCGUAGCUCAAUUCACACAAAGCGGACAAAAGUCAACACAAGAAGCCGCAGUUAUCGCGACUGGGCUUCUGUUCCCGCCAAGUAGCUUUGUCUACUUUUUGGUUUCUGGAGCAGUCUCUGAGAUCUUCAGUCUGCCAUUGACACCCCACCAGUCGAUUCCCUCACUACUCGGUGGUCUUCUUGAGAUCAGAGUAUGGAGCUUGACACCUGCCCAUUUUCUGGGGUUCUUUGCAUUCCAGAUUGCCUUGUAUCCAAUCCUUGCGAUAUUCAUAGAGCGCUUCCUUUGGGGAUGCUCAUUCCGAGGUCGACACCUUCGCUCUGCCCCUGAGAUGGCGGGCAAUGCUCUACGCAUCAAGAACUUCACCAAGCGUUACAAUGGCGCAGCAAAGAAGCGGGACAGAACACUGGCUGUGGAAGACUUGUCCCUAGAUGUCUAUGCUGGCACAAUCAUGGUCCUCCUUGGACAAAAUGGCUGCGGCAAGUCAACGACACUCAGCUGUAUUGCUGGGCUCGAAAGCAUUACAGAAGGAACUAUCGAGCUCGAUGGCACCGGCGGUGUUGGUCUCUGUCCUCAGAAGAACGUUAUUUGGCCUGACAUGACAGUUGAGGAGCAUGUUCGUUUCUUCGAGCAUCUCAAGAAGCCCUCCUGCAGGCCCAGCCAAGCAGAGGUUGACCGCUUGAUAGAUGGGUGCGACCUGAAGAAGAAGACCCACGCUUCAUCGAAGACACUAUCCGGUGGUCAGCAGAGGAAGCUGCAACUCUGCAUGAUGCUUGCAGGUGCCAUCCUGGUCACCGUAAUCUGGCUCACGAAUGGAUAUGCUUGGUAUCGCAUCGGUUACAUGUUUCAGUCAUUCAAGGACAACAAAGCUGUCGACGAUGUUAGCUUCGGAAUCAUGCCUUCCGAGAAAUUCGCUCUGCUAGGGCCGAAUGGUGCUGGAAAAUCAACAUUGAUCUCGCUGAUACGUGGCGACCUGCAAAUGGAUGGGUCAUCCAGCAAUGCAGAGAUUCACAUCGCUGGAGAUAGUCUGAUCUCUUCUCCCGUAGCGGCCAAGCAACAUCUUGGAGUCUGCCCGCAGUUCGAUGCCGUUGACUCGAUGACGCUCAAGGAGCACUUGGAGUUCUAUGCUCAAGCUCGUGGUCUGUCCAGUAAGGAGAAAGAUGAGAACAUAAACAAGAUUAUCAGCAGACUCGGUCUGGGUGAUCACACCAAUAAGCUCGUAAAGAAGCUCUCAGGAGGCACUAAGAGGAAGAUGUCGCUGGGCAUAGCGCUCGUGGGCAAUCCAUUUGUCCUUCUGCUCGAUGAGCCAUCGUCCGGAAUGGACGCUGCGUCUAAGCGUGCCCUCUGGUCAACUUUGACAGCCAUCUCGGAAGGUCGCUCCCUUCUCAUCACCACACACAGCAUGGAAGAGGGUGAUGCACUGUGCGAUCGGGCGGGCAUUAUGGCUGGGCGAAUGUUGGCGCUCGGUACGAUCAAGUCCCUCCAUGAGCGAUACAGCGACAAGGUCUACGUCCAUCUCGUGCACCAGAACGCGCCACGAUCUACACCGGAAAAGAUGGCUUCCCUGUGGCAAUGGGUGAAUUCGACCUUCCUGGUGGCUGAAACAGAAAAGUCGGUCGGCGGACAGGCACGCUUUGCUGUGCCCAGAGCGCGUCAAGGCACGCAAUCCGAUCAGUUGUUGGAUGGCAGCCAUCUGGGCAAGUUGUUCCAGGCGAUGGAAGCUCACAAAGAGCGUGCGAGCAUUCGGGAUUACAGUAUCGGCCAUGCGACGUUGGAUCAGGUAUUCGUGAACGUGUGUCAGGGAGUUGAUGAAGAAAACUCGGCAGCUGUACAUCGCGGCGGCGGCCUCUUCAGUUGUGUGCUUGGCCGCAGCAAGUAG